CCAUUGAUUAUUACUUUAGGAAAUAACUGGAUGUUGCGCAACGUUGGGAACAAACUGAUGAGGUGCUACUACACGUCUUCCGUAAUGAGGCUAGCUGCCAAAUUCAAGUUAGAAUUGCAGAAGAUAGAUGGUGGAGACAAAGAUCUAGCACAACUCCUGUCCCCAAAAUCCUUUGACAACACCGUUUUGGCUGCCUUGAAGUGCUGUAAUCAGGACGAUGAAGAAGAUUUAAAGAGCCCAACCAAUGCUAUAAAAUUGGGCUACGACAUAAAGAGGAUGGCUUCAGCGAAGUUAGCAACUGCAUUGAAAGAAGGUGACGAAACAGUGAGGAAGGAUGCUGAAGGGUUUCUUAAACUCAUGGAUAUGGAAUGGGGAACUAAGGCUGACUACAUAUGCACAGAGAACGUCGGAUGUGAAUGGGGUAUCCAGAGAAUUGAGAGGACAACUCACAGAGUUUGAAACUCACCUCCUUGAAAGACAAGAAGUGGUUGUUAUCAGAGGAAAGACUGGUAAAGGAGUCCCUGUCAUACUGCCGCCAGAUGUGUUGAAUUGCAUGCAGUACUUGGCAAAUCCUGCUGCAAGGGCUAUCACCACUACAAAGGAGAACCCAUACUUGUUCGCCAAUACUAACAUUGGAGUCUACAGGGCAUAUGAUGCCAUUCGGAUGGUCACCAUGAAUGCUGGUCUGAAGAUGCCGCAUCUUAUUAGGACCAGUAACAUGAGGAAAUAUUUUGCCACCAUGUUGCAAGUCUUCAAUACGACAGAGACCGAGAGACAGUGGGUUUUAGAUCAUCUCGGCCACACCAUGGACGUGCACCGAGUCCACUACAGACAGACCUCAGACAUCAUCGAGAGGGUGGACAUAGCAAAGCUUCUGAUGAUACAAGACAUGGGGCUAGUCGGCAGAUUUAAAGGGAAGAAGUUGGAGGAAAUCCAGUUCAAUGAUCUACUGGAUGAAUCUGAGCCUACAGAAUCAUCCCACUCGUCGACCUCGAAUACUAGGCCAGAGGAGUUGGUCUCGAGCCCACAGGCAGCCUCCUCAACAUCCUCCUCCGUUGGCCCAACAGCCAUAAUGGAUGAGGAUUAUAUUCCUCUGGAAGAAGAGGAAGAGGAGGUGGAGGAAAUGGAAUGGCUUGAGAGUUCAUCCAAGAGAAAACCCAAAAGACAGAAGAGGAGACAGAAACCUGCUACGAAAAGGCAAAGGUGGUCGGAGGAAGAGGAGGAGGAAAUACGUUUGUUGUUUGAGAAGAACUUUCAAACAAAUGCUUGUCCUGGAUAUACCCAGAUAGCAGCAUGUAUUCGGGUCAGUGUGAAGAAAAAUGGGCAGAUACACAAGAGGACAAAAGACAACAUUAAGAAAAAGGUCAGCGCCAUGCUGAUAAAACAGCGUAAUAAGCAGUGACAUGCCAAACAAACAGUUCAGUAAAACUACAUAGUGAUAUACAUACACUGACUCUUUGAACAAUCGAAAUACUGAAUUAAAGGGAUAGCUGUCCCAUGGGGGGACUCCAAAAUAAAGAAAUCCUGUGCAUUGUGGUGGUUGCAGAUAAAUAUUGUCUUUUAUAUGCACAGCACUUAAUAAAAUUGAUUACAUCCAUAGGUGGUUCCUGUUUGAGAAGCCUGUAGUCCCCCCACUACCCAUCAAAACUGAUAUGUAGGAAAUGGUAGGAAAAUAUCAUAUCAUAUUAUCCUAGGGCCAGCUCUGAAUUACCACCAAUUGAAUGUUUUCUGUGUGUUUUUUUAUUAUUGAAAAUUGUUAACAUUACAAAAUAUUUACAAUAUCAAUGAUAUGCCGGUAGCUGUUGUGUCAUUUUGACAAGAGUAUAUUGUAGAAAGUUAAUUGGCAUAAUUGGAUAACUUACUACGUUAUCUAUAAUUUCUUUAUGGAUCAGGUUUUCC